GGACAUCGCAAUCUAAAUCCAAACCCCACAUAUUCAUUUCAGGAAGCUGCAAGUUGGACAGGCAUAGAGCCAGAGACACUUGAUUACCGAAGCAAGAAUAGUAGCAACUACACAGACAAACUGAAAUGUUUUGAUACUGUAACUCUUUGGGAACGCCUCUUUAAAACUUGGUUGUAUCGACGCAUUGCAUUCUAUGUAACUCGUACUACCCCGUCUGGACUGUAUGAUGGACUGGACAGUUAGCAGUCGGGCCCUAUUGUGGUGCAUUUUCACGUUACUGUGUAGUAUUGGCCCACUUCAAAUGAGUUUCUGCCGCGCCAGCACCGUCUCCCUCCCCGAAAGCCUGCUCUUUGUGUCCACCCUGGAUGGAAACCUACACGCCGUCAGCAAGAAAUCAGGCUCUAUCAAAUGGACGCUGAAAGAGGAUCCUGUUCUGCAGGUUCCAACGCAUGUGGCAGAGCCAGCUUUUCUGCCUGACCCUAACGAUGGCAGCCUGUACUCUCUAGGAGGGAAGAACAACGAGGGACUGACUAAACUGCCUUUCACCAUACCUGAGCUGGUCCAGGCGUCUCCCUGCCGCAGCUCUGACGGGAUCAUCUACAUGGGUAAGAAGCAGGAUCUGUGGUACGUCGUGGACCUGUUGACAGGGGAGAAGCAGCAGACUCUCACUUCCUCCUUUGCUGAGAUGCUGUGUCCCUCCUCCUCCCUUCUCUACCUGGGACGCACCGAGUACACUAUCACCAUGUACGACACCAAGAGUAGACAGCUCCGCUGGAAUGCCACCUACUUCGACUACGCCUCCACGCUGCCUGACGACGACACCAAAUACAAGAUGGCCCACUUUGUCUCCAAUGGUGACGGACUGGUGGUGACAGUGGACAGUGAGUCGGGUGACGUCCAGUGGAUCCAGAAUUACAACUCCCCCGUGGUGGCCAUGUACAUAUGGCAGCGCGAGGGCCUGCGCAAGGUGCCGCUCACCAACGUCGCUGUGGAAACGCUGCGCUACCUCACCUUCAUGUCAGGCGAGGUGGGCCGCAUCACGCAGUGGAAGUAUCCCUUCCCCAAGGAGAAGAAGCCCAAGAACAAGCUCAUGGCCACACUCUACGUAGGCAAGUACUCCACCAGCCUGUACGCAUCGCCCUCCCUGGUGCAUGAUGGGGUCACGGUCGUGCCCCGCGGCAGCACCUUCCCCAUGCUGGAGGGUCCUAACAGCCAGGAGGUAACAAUGGAGGAGGAGUGUGUGAUCACCCCCAGGACCAGCGUCAAAUUCAACUCUGCCCUGAGGGAACGCAACCGCAUCAACUUCAUGAGGAACCACCUGCUCCUCAUAGGUCAUCAUGAGACGCCUCCUGAUGCCCAUAACAAGAUCCUGGAGAAGUUCCCUGACAGUAUCCCACGCCAGCAGGGCAAUUUCAUCCCCCCCACCACAGAGAAGACCCUAGAGGAGAAGGUGAAUGAGAGUGACAUGGGAGAAGGCCCCACUGUGGGCCCCAGCCCCCCGGUGGUCACCUCCAUCCAGGAGCAGCCGGGGCGGACCACACCGGUGAGGGUGGAGGCCCCUGUGGACUCCAUGCUUAAAGACAUGGCCACCAUCAUUUUCAGCACCUUCCUCCUGGCCGGCUGGGUAGCCUUCAUCAUCAUCUACCCCAAGAGUGUUCACAAACAGCAGCAGCUGCAGCAUGAACAGUUCCAGAGGCAGUUGGAUGAACGGCUGGAUCUCCUGAGGAGACAGCCGUUCCCUCCCCCAGGGACCGACCUGCCCCUGCUGGCCCCGGACGCUGACUCAGACCACAGCAGCCCCAACGGCACCCCCAACAUCACCCCCCGUGCAUCCAACCACUCCAACCUGUCUGUGCCUGAGCUGGGCAGCUCCGCCAACGAGCACGAGGACGGAGAUGAGGACUCCAACAUGGUCAGAGUUGGAAAGAUUACGUUCCGUCCCAAAAAUGUUUUGGGACACGGUGCAGAGGGAACCAUCGUGUAUAAGGGUCAGUUUGACAACCGUGCCGUGGCAGUCAAGAGGAUCCUCCCAGAAUGCUUCAGCUUUGCUGACCGUGAGGUGGACCUGCUGCGCGAGUCGGACGAGCACCCCAAUGUCAUCCGCUACUUCUGUACAGAGAGGGAUCGCCAGUUCCAGUACAUCGCUAUAGAGCUGUGUGCCGCCUCACUGCAAGAGUAUGUGGAGAGACAGGAUUUUGAUCGGCAUGGACUGGAGCCUGUGAUGCUGCUGCAGCAGACCAUGUCAGGACUGGCACACCUGCACUCCCUCAAUAUAGUGCACAGAGACCUGAAGCCCCACAACAUCCUGGUGUCCAUGCCCAACGCCCACGGCCGGGCGCGGGCCAUGAUCUCCGACUUUGGCCUGUGUAAGAAGCUGGCGGUGGGCCGACACAGCUUCAGCAGGAGGUCCGGGGUGCCCGGCACCGAGGGGUGGAUCGCCCCAGAGGUCCUCAGUGAGGACUGCAAGGACAACCCUACGUGCACGGUGGACAUCUUCUCUGCAGGCUGUGUGUUCUACUAUGUAGUGUCCUGGGGAUGUCAUCCCUUUGGCAAGUCCCUGCAGAGGCAAGCCAACAUACUGCUGGGAGCCUACAGCCUGGACCAGCUACAGCCCCACAAACAUGAGGACAUCGUGGCCACAGACCUGAUAGAACAGAUGCUGAAUAUGGAGCCCCAGAGGAGGCCUUCUGCUGAGAGCGUGCUCAAACACCCCUUCUUCUGGAGCCUGGAGAAACAGCUGCAGUUCUUCCAGGACUUGAGUGACAGGAUAGAGAAGGAGCCGCUGGACGGACCAAUCGUAAGGCAGCUGGAGCGAGGGGGGCGGGCCGUGGUGAAGCUGGACUGGAGGGAACACAUCACAGUGCCUCUACAGACCGAUCUACGUAAAUUCCGGUCGUAUAAAGGAGGGUCCGUCAGAGAUCUUCUCCGCGCCAUGAGAAACAAGAAGCACCAUUACAGGGAGUUACCAGCAGAGGUCCAGGAGACUCUGGGCUCUAUCCCUGAUGACUUUGUCUCCUACUUCACCUCCCGCUUCCCCCACCUGCUGCGCCACACCUACCUGGCCAUGCACACCUGUGCCCACGAGAGGUCAUUCCUUCCCUACUACUCCAGCUCAGAGCAGCUCUCCUGGAUACGGACUUCCUACACACACCCCGGGCCCAAGGCCACACCCCCGCUGCAGACACACACAUCGCAGCCAGAGGAACCCACACCGUCAAACACAGUACCCUCACAGCCUGAGAUGGUGUCAAACACAAUUCCAUCCACAGAACCCAUACAGUCAGUGACCGUAUCAGACUCCACACCCAUACAGUCACUAUCAAUCACAACACCCCCACAGUCAGUGACCGUAUCAGACUCCACACCCAUACAGUCACUAUCAAUCACAACACCCCCACAGUCAGUGACCGUAUCAGACUCCACACCCAUACAGUCACUAUCAAUCACAACACCCCCACAGUCAGUGACCGUAUCAGACUCCACACCCAUACAGUCACUAUCAAUCACAACACCCCCACAGUCAGUGACCGUAUCAGACUCCACACCCAUACAGUCACUAUCAAUCACAACACCCCCACAGUCAGUGACCGUAUCAGACUCCACACCCAUACAGUCACUAUCAAUCACAACACCCCCACAGUCAGUGACCGUAUCAGACUCCACACCCAUACAGUCACUAUCAAUCACAACACCCCCACAGUCAGUGACCGUAUCAGACUCCACACCCAUACAGUCACUAUCAAUCACAACACCCCCACAGUCAGUGACCGUAUCAGACUCCACACCCAUACAGUCACUAUCAAUCACAACACCCCCACAGUCAGUGACAGUAUCAGACUCCACACCCAUACAGUCACUAUCAAUCACAACACCCCCACAGUCAGUGCCAACCACAUUACCAGUAGAGCCAGUGUCAUCCACAUCAUUACCAAUCCAACCAGUACUGCCUACAUCACCCCCACCCUCAUCCACACUGCCAGACCUGCCUCCACAGACAGUGUUGCCCUCAGAACCCCCCACACCAUCAGAAACCCCCCUUACAGAUCCUGUCCCACCUGAACCACACAUACUGCCAGUGCCACAUCCAGCCACACCGGACACGGAGCCUGCCUGAGAGCCGACGAGGGGUGGUGGAUGAGUGCUGCACAGAGGAGCGUUGCCUUACGAGUGGACACAUACUGGGGCUCUGUUGCUCUGUCCUGUGCUGGUGAGGACCAGGCCUGCAGUGCCUGGGAGCUGCCGACAGGGGGGAGCAGCAGCCCAAACCAAGUGCCUUUCCUGCUCGACUGAGACAAAAUGGCUCCGAAUGGAACUGUCCCAAGGUCCCUCGACUAAUCAAGAAGCCAGGGUGGAAAUUAACUAGUGGGGGUCGUACUGUGUAGUACAGAGAGAAAUGUUUUAUUUGCAAUGGAGUCCCUCCUAAUGUCAAGUAUUGUGAGGUAUUUUUGGGCACAAAAUACUUGGCAAAGCAAGGGAGGAAUUCUUCUGUUGAUGUUGUUGGAAGACAAGUCGACAAUGGUAGUUUUACUGUGGAAUCUUGUCUCUUAAUGAGCCUAUUCACUGUAAAGAGGUGUAUAUUUUUGUAUAGGUGACGACUUGAUAAUGACUUGAUCAUUGAAAAUCAUGGGAUGUGGCCAUUGUGCCUUUUUAAAUAACACUGUGUUAUGUAUGGGAGUUCUGUGAGGGUAGACGUCUCUGAAAUAGUUUUGCUUGCUGCUGCAGAUGCUGCUAGUGACGGCUUUUCUGUCUUGAAUCAAUACUAUUUCAGUGCCUGUCUUCCUGUGCAGGCGAGGGCAGAUAGUCCAAAGGGUGUUUGAACUAAACACUGGUAAAAGCAUAAUGUGUUUAUCUUUUCUACUUUUAUCUUUUCUACUUUUAUCUUGUCUCUGAUAGCGUUGUGCUGUACAUAAGGCACAAGGCGAUUAUGUGAUCUGAUUGUGUUAUUAUUGCAGUGCAUCACCCAAAGUCUUGUUUGCUUGAUCUCUGACACACUAGGCCUUUACUAAAACUGGUUCAGCUACAAGUCAUGAUAGGAUGAUUACAGAAAGUAUUCACUUCACAUUCUGGUUUUUGCUGUCAGAGGAAUGAUGUGUUUUCUCUCAUCUUAGCUUUGAUGAAUGAUGAUCCAAUACAUGUUUUAUUCAAUCAUAUUGUCUGUAUAACGAUUGGCAGUUAAAUAGGUCUUCAUUUAUUACAUGAAUUAACUGUUAUAGUUUGUUAAUAUUUUAUUUUUUAAGUGGAAUACAUUUACUUCAGGUUUAUUUUGUACUGUUCAUUGUACAUCAAAAACCCCAAGAAGGUACAGUAUUUUGUCUAAUGCAAGCUGUUAAUUAAGUGAGGGUUUUGUGCAAAAGUGGACAGUAAAUCUUUUGUAGUCCCGUCUGACGAUGCCUUUCACUGUUAAGAUUUCAUUUCUAACAUGCCAUCCUGAAUGCAAGAAUAGUUUGUUUUAUGAUUUUUCAGUUAUGCCAUUGUUGGAGUGAAAAUGCCAAAUUAAAUCAGCAUUAAUAUCUGU